CGUCGCGUCGCCGUGGAGACGUGGGCGGGGCCAGCACAUGCAUGCGUCUGAAGGUGCGCGAAGAGCAAAACCUAGCAUAGGCCGCGCUGCCCUGCGGAGGCCUUCUGAGGCCUCUGGCUCUCAUCGCGACGCCUCCUGGGCGCCACCCGGAGGUCUCGGCCUCCUCAGGUACAAUGCCAGGUCUGAUCGUCCUCAGCCUUUAACUAGCUCUGCUUCUCUGGGAACCCAGAAACGAGCGCAUAUGGUUCCGAAUAAGGCCCUAGGAUUUCUGGGGCGCCUCUGCUUUCUGCUCUUGUACAAGGUGCAGGUGUUAGGAGGAAAAAGACUUUUGAUACCUGAAUAAUCUCACUAGGAAGUGUAUUAUCAAGCCACUGGUUGAAUUUUCAUCAACGGAUUAGGCAGAGCAUGGAGAAGAAGGCUGAUGGCAGGUCUUUCAGGGAUGAUGAAGUGAAGAAACCUUAUUCUCCAAAGGCACUGCCCAUAACAAAGUCUGCCUUCUCUGGGAGAGGCCGAAGAACCACCUGUCCAGUGAAAUACGGCACCUCACACCCUGGGACCAGAAGAGGUCGGUUAAGAGAAUUGCGCGUCAGAUGCGUGACCAGAAAAUUCUUGUAUUUGUGGAUUCGAAUGACUUUUGGAAGAAUAUUUCCUUCGAAAGCCAGGUUUUACUACGAGCAGAAAAUACUGCGGAAGGUCUUUGAGCGGUGGAGAGAAGAGUGGUGGGUUUCUCACCGAGAAUGGAAACUCCGUGUUCGAGCCGACUGUCACCACAGGUACUACUUGUACAAUGUGGUGUUCCAAAGUUGGAAGGCCUGUGUGCACUGGCGUCAGGAGAUGAGGAACAAGCGUAUGAAAGCGGAGGAUCAUGAUGCAAAGCAAAAGAUUCGACAGGCCUGGAAGUCGUGGUUGAUCUAUGUGGCUGUUCGUAGGACCAAAUUUCAGAUGCAGACUUCUGCUCUGGAGUUUAGGCAACAGAAUAUUUUACGGACGUGGUGGAACAAGUGGAGGCAGCAGCUAGGACGGGCCCGCAUGAACCACGCUUUCUGUGCCACAGCCGUGAAGCACAGGGCCUUGGGCCUCCAGCUGCAGGCUUGGUCUCGGUGGAAGGAACAGCUUCUGCUGAGCCAGAGGGAGAAAUGGAAGGUGGUCUUAGCAGUGCGACAUCAUCAGUGGUGGCAAAAGAGGAAGUCCCUGAGGGCCUGGCUUGAAUAUCUGAACGUGAACCGAAUACGACGACAGCAGAAUGAGAUGGCUGAGCGAUUGCAUCGUGUCACCGUGCUCCAGAUACACUUCUGUGACUGGCGGUGGGCCUGGGAGCAGAGGCAGAGCUUGUGUGCCCACCGAGCCCUAGUGGAAGCGCUGAGGAGGAAGAUGGCCCUGCGGAGGGCCUUCUUGCACUGGCGGCAUUAUGUGUCACUGUGUUCAGAAGAAACUGCCCAGCGUGAGGUUGCAGAACGGCACCAUCGGCACAGCCUGCUGAUUUACUGCUUUAGAGCCCUGAAAGACAAUGUGACCCAAGUCCAUCUCCAGCAAAUAAGAAGGAAUCUUGCACACCGGCAGCACGACAUGAUGUUGCUGCAUAGAUUCUGGAACUGCUGGCAGUCUCGGAUUGAGCAGAGGGAAGAAAAAGAGCAGCUCCCUUCAUUGAAUACAGCCUGGGAUCACUACAGGAUAACAUUGCUACACAAGUGUAUGAAGUUGUGGUUACAUUAUACUCAGAAGAGAAGAUACAAGCAGCUCCUGCGGGUCAGAGCAGAUGGUCACUUCCGGCAGAGAGCCCUGCCUGCUGCUUUCCACACAUGGAGUAGGCUCUGGCGAUGGCACCAGCGGGACAGCGCCCUCGACGCCAGAGCGGUGUGUUUUCACAGGGAGAUGAUGGAGAAGCAGGUGUUUGCUGUCUGGCGGCAGAAGAUGUUUCAGCAUCGAGAAAACCGCUUAGCAGAGAGGAUUGCCGUGCUCCAGGCAGAGCAGCAGCUUCUGCGGGGGUCCUGGUCCUCCUGGCGCCAGCGGGCAGCAGCGCGUCACCAAGAGCGCGAGUGGGAGGCGGUGGCCCGCGCCCAGCACCACCACAGGCAGCUCCGAGAUGCUUUCUGUGUCUGGAGGGAGAGGGCCGAGGGGCUCAGAGCAGAGAGGAUGAGCAGGCUGCAGGCCGCACGAUUCCACUCAGCGCAGCUCCUGUGCUGGGCCUGGAGCCGGUGGAGGGAGAGGCUGGCCCUACGGGAAGCCGAGCGGCAGAAGCUGAUGCGGGCGGACCUGCACAGCCAGCGUUCCGUGCUGCAAAGAGCGCUGCAGAAGUGGCUGGCUUACCAGGGCAGGGUGUGGAGCGUCCUACAGGAAGUGACCGUCAGGGAGAGCCAGCACAACAGGCAGCUCAUGCGGUGGGCGUUACAUCGCUGGAGGAAGAACGCCAUGGCCCGUGCAGAUGAGGCCAGAAAAUCCUCUCAAGCAAGAGCCCACUACAGAAGGACCCUGUAUUCCAAGGUCCUGGUCCAGUGGCGGGAGGUGGCCUCGGUGCAGAUACAUUACCGACAGCGGGAGGCCUGUGCGCUCAGGGAGGCCCGGAAGGUGCUGGCGAGGGGCUGUCUCCGCACCUGGUUUCGGCGCUGGCGGGACUGUAGCCAGAGGGCUGCCCAGCAGAAAGCCCUGCUGGAGGGGGCAGCCUGGCAUCACCACCGGCACCUGCUGCGGGCGGCAAUGGCACAGUGGAAGACGCACCAUCUGGGGUGUGUCAGGAAAAGGAUCCUGCAGACGCAGGGCACCCGACUCCUGGCGCGGAGACUCAGCUGGGCCUGCUUCCAGCGGUGGAGACGACAGCUAGUGGCCAAGAGGCAGGAGCAGCAGUGCACAGCCCGGGCCCUGUGGUUCUGGGCUUUCUCUCUACAGGCAAAGGCUUGGGCUGCAUGGCUGGGCUUCGUGCUGGAGAGGAGGAGGAAGAAGGUGCGGCUGGAGCAGGCGGUACAGGCCUACCAGCAGCAGCUCCUCCAGGAGGGCGCCACCCGGCUCCUGCGCUUCACAGCCAACGUGAAGGCCUUCCGGCAGCAGCUUCAGGCCCGGCAGCAGGUCCAGGCAGCCGAACGUCUCCACCGUGCCGUCCAACGCUGUGCCGAGCUCUGGAAACAGAAGGUGCUGGGCCCAGGCAGGGAGUCUCAGCCCCUAGCACCCUUUGCACCCAGCAGGAGAGUGACGUUUGAUGGUCCCCUUCUUGACCUUGUUGCUGCUGGAGCUGGGGAUGCCACCUUGGAAACCAGGAGGCCGCAAGCUCGGCAGCCUCGGGCAGCCCUGGGCAGCCUGGCGCUGGCUGCUGGGGAGCCCCAGCUUCUGGAGCUCAGUGCCCGCUCGGCAAGGAAGCAGCCACGAUGCCCACAUUUUCUGCUAGAGCCCACGCCAAGCCAGAGGUCUCCGGGGUGUGGCACCCUCACAGGGCGUGGGCCAGAGAAGCCUCAGGAACAGGGCCAAGCAGGCUCUUCUCUGACCAGAUCCUUCCUGACUGGGGCCCUGCCCAAUGCUCCUGGCCUAAAGCUACCCUCUGUGACAGGCCAAGGCCCAGAACUACUGCCCCCUUCCUCCUUCACGACUCUCAGGGCAGGAGCAGCAGCAGCAGCCUGGAUGUCAGCACAACCCACCACCCUGGGGCCUAAACCCAAGGCCCCCCCAGCUCUGACCUGUGGCCCUGACCCUCCUCUGCUCCUGCCUGAGGACUUCACAGGAACGAGGGCCAGGCCUGAUCUUGGCUGUGACGCUGCAGUUAAGUACUUGGGACCUCAAAAGGCAGCACUCAGCCCAGUCCUGCAUCUUGGACUUGAGACUCAUCCUGGUUCCAGAGGGGAAGAUGGUCAUACCACAGGCCACAUGGACCUGGAGGCUGAGCUGGAGGGGAUCCAGCAGCAAUUACAGCACUACCAGACCACCAGGCAGAACCUCUGGUCCUGCCGGCGACAAGCAAGCAGCUUACGGAAGUGGCUGGAGCUGAGCCAGGAGGAGCCCAGGGCUGAAGACCGGGAUGCAGAGCGGCAGAUGCAGAAAGAGCUGGAGGAGGUGAGACCCCAAGCUACCCCGGGAGGACGGUUCCCGGGGCUGUGCAUCCUCCCCAUUCAGCCCGUCCCUCCCUCCCCCCAGGUGGAACUGCAGAUCGAGCAGCUGGCCACGGAGCUCCAGGCCCAGCGCCAGCCCGUCCAUGCCUGCAUAGCACGCAUCCGGGCCCUGCGGGGCGCUCUGUGCUGAGGGGCUCACCCCAGGGAGACAGUGUUCCCGAGCAGGGUAGGCUCGGGCCACCUCCGGUAACAUAAAGCGAUGCUACCCUGA